AUGGCUUCUAUAUCCUAUGACCACUACCAAGAAUUACCAUCUUGCCAUCGUGGUGUUUAUUUGAACCCGCUGCUAGUGCCGCGCCUUCCUCGAGAACCGCCUCCCGCGGGCCAGCUCGGGGUGAGCGCCCGGCCCCCCAUUCGGAACCCCGGCAAAGCCCACUUGCUCUGCCGGUUCUCUCUCGACAUCACCCCACCGUCGCACAACACACACCCCCUUCCACACGCGAGCCCACCCUUCCAUUAUGCCCCGCGCUUGAAGCGGUCCAGCCUCCUGGCAAGAACCGAGCAAGCCGCUGCGCUCACCUUGCUUGACACACUUGAGCCGGAGGGGAUCCUUGCAGUGUUUGAUCACGGCAAGCACGUCCCUGAUGGUGAGCCCCGCCACGGGGGUCUCGUUUACUUCCAGCAGCAGUUCCUCAGACACCAACUUGCUGCCGCUCUCAUAGGCCACCUUGCCGGGCUUCACCUCCCCCAGGUAGGGGAACUGUCCAUUCUCGGCGCCCCCCUUCAGUUCGAAGCCCAGCUGGCCCUCCGGGUUCCUGCCAAUGACACUCUCAUGGACUUUGCUAGUCCAGUGGCUUUUCUUUUUCAAGCUUUUGGACAUGGCAGUGGGGCUACAGCACAACUGAAGAGAGAGAAGCCAUCUUGCCUCCAUGAUUGGACAGACAUGAAGAUAAAAGCUUCCCUGUGUGGAUGAUAGAGCAAAAUGAUAGAAGGGGCUCAGACUCCCUUCCUUCAGACUUCUUGAUAUGUGAGGAAAAUAAAAUGCUAUUAUAAGGUUAA